CUUCCUGUUUGUGUCACAUUUCACAGUUGAAAGAAAUCCUUAUUCUUGUUGGGAUUGAUACCUCUUUUCCGUUGAAUGCUUCUAGAAAUUACAUGAAAUCUGGCGAGAUAAAAUAGACUUGGGUCCCCGAAUGGAAUUAGAAGGAAACAGAAUCAUAUCCUAAUCGAAAUUAAUUCAGUGGAAUUACAAUACGGAACGUUAAUACAAUGGAGUUACAAUACGGGACGUUAAUUCUGUGGAAUCACAAUGCGGGACGUUAAUUCAGUGGAAUUACAAUACGGGACGUUAAUUCAACGGAAUCACAAUACAGGACGUUAAUUCAACGGAAUCACAAUACGGGACGUUAAUUCAGUUGCCGGGUCAUAAUGUACUAUUGCCAGUAUGCUUGUGAUCAAUUGUUAACACCAAUAUCACGGUUGCUUAUUUUAUUCAGCUUCAGAGGAAUUUAUGCAAACACUUAUUUGUUUACCAGUACGUGUUAUCUGAAAGCAAACAUAACUCGAUAAAAAAAAAAUGCCGCGACACCGAGGCACCCGCGAUAUGAUUAGAGAACGCACUGUAACCAAGACAGGGGACCAAAAAGACACUGUUCAAAGUAGCAGACGCAUCAUGGAUGAAAAGAAGACUCCAUUUUGUGCCACUAAAAAAUGUCUACUGAUAGUUUUUGUGGGACUUCUCAUUGCAAUGGGCAUUGUCACGGCAAUUACCCUCUUAGCUCCGGCAGUGCGGGGGAGGUUCCCCCCGGAUUUGCCCUGGUGGAAGACGUCUGUUAUUUACCAGGUGUAUCCCAGAUCAUUCAAGGCUUCCAACGGUGGAAAGGUCGGCGAUAUUAAAGGUAUAACCUCUAAACUGGAUCAUUUCGUGUACCUGAAUGUGGGAGUCGUCUGGUUGAGUCCCGUGUACGAGUCCCCUAUGAAGGACUUCGGCUACGACAUCUCCAACCACACCGACGUCGACCCGCUGUUUGGAACAGUACAAGACUUGGAGGAUUUCAUACGACAAGCUCAUGCUAAAGAUAUUAAAGUGAUCUUGGAUUUUGUACCAAACCACACGAGUGAUCGACACAGAUGGUUUCAGCGAAGUAUCGACAUGGACCCCAAGUACAAGGAUUACUAUGUCUGGAGAAAUGGUUCAAACGACCCGCCCAACAACUGGGUUAGUGUGUUUGGCGACUCUGCCUGGAACUACAGCAAGACGAGAGAUCAAUAUUAUUAUCACAACUACCUCUCUGCUCAGCCAGAUCUCAAUUACAGGAACCCGGAUGUGGUGGAAGACAUGAAGGGUGUUCUGAGGUUCUGGCUGGAGCGUGGUGUCGACGGGUUCCGGAUGGACGCGGUGUCGUUCUUGUUUGAAACAAAAAACGUGUCUCACAAUGAACAGCCUAACCCGAACUUCAAAUGUCCAUUAAAUACAAGUACAGAAUGUAAGAAAUUGUUCCACUACUGGCGCCAUAAUUAUACGAUGAAUCUGCCCGAUAAUAAAAUCCUUAUCGACGGAUGGAGGGCUGUGCUGGACGAGUUUGAAAGAAAGGAUGGUAAAACAAGGUUCCUAUUGGCUGAAGCACGCGUGACGUCACAAGCUGUUCGCGAUUGGUGGUUCAAGACGGGGUCCGACAUGACCUUCAACUUCGAGCUGGCUCGUGCCGUCUACAAGAAUAAGCACUGUGGCGGCACGUGCAUUCGGGAUGCCGUCGAGAAGGAGUACAAAGAUUUACCAGAAGGGGCGUGGCCGAAUUUUGUUUUAAACAACCAUGACAUUAGAAGGGUGACAUCUGUCAGGGAUCGCAACUUCGUGAACGCCUUUAAUAUGCUGCUGCUAACGCUGUGGGGGACGCCGACUACGUAUUACGGGGAAGAGAUAGGAAUGGUGGACAUCGCGCCAACCUUUGCUCAAUCUGUCGACCCUAAAGGAUUAUAUUAUGGAGAGGACCUGUAUCUUAACUUCACCCGUGACAAGAGUCGGUCGCCGAUGCAGUGGGACGACUCCAGCAUGGCAGGCUUCACGACGGGACCCGCCACCUGGCUUCCGGUGAGCGACACCUACACAGACAUCAAUGUACAGAAACAGAAAAAUUCAACCGAUAUGACUCCAAUUAAGGUCUACAGGACAUUGGCUAAACUUCGCCAACAAGAGUCAUUUUUGUAUGGGAAGUUUAGCUACGCAGUCGUCAACAACAAUAUAUUUUCAUACAUUCGAAAAGCCAAAGGGUUUUCGUCGUACUUGGUUGCCAUCAAUUUCGGGGACGUAUCUUCUGUGGAUGACUAUAGCGGGGAGCCGGUCAGUUCGGAAGUUGGUACAGUAGUUGUAAAUACUGCGAAUUUCAAGGAUGAUACUUAUGCUGUGAAGAAGGUUAUAUCUCUGAAACACAUUUCUCUCAAACCCGGAGAAGGGUUAGUUAUUAAACUGUAAGGAAGAACUGUAUAGGUAGCAUAUGUAGAUACAAAUAGUAUAUACUUCUUACUUAUGUAUAUGUAUGUGUAUAGAAUAUCGGGUUACUACGUUUGAUAUCGUAUUUUUUGGCGAGGUUUAGAUAACGGUGUAACAGGCGAGCUACAGCGAGCCAAAUAACCACAAUAUUAGUACGUAGUAACAUGAUUUAUUUUUUCAUUAUGCAACCCUUUCAAGUUAUAUUUUUAUAAUAUAUUUCAGUCAAAAGCGGUAAAGAAAUUAUUAGUAUUAUCGUGUAGAAACUACAAAUGGAUGUCGGAUAAUAGCAGGUAUCAGAAAGCAUAUUGGGAAUGGGACAACCAGCCACAAAGUUGUGUGUUUCUAAAUUUUAAAUAAAAUACUUUGCUUAUA